GUGUCAUCUCUGCCGCAAUAAUUUGAUAUCACCAUAAUCCCCUCCACUCCACUCCACUCCCCGUACCUUACCAACCCUCCCCAAAUUUUAUGAUACAAUACUUCUGUCUGUUUGUCUGCCGGUCUCUCUGUCUCCUGUCCUCUAUCCUCUAUCCUCUAUCCUCUGUCGUCUGUCCUCUAUCCUCUGUCCUCCAUCUGCUGUCCAUCUGUUUGUCUGCUUGUCGGUUUGUGCAAUAUCAAAUACAAUCAACCAGUCGGGUUCAACCAAUUCUAUACCACAAAUCAAUACCCACCACAAAAUACUUUACCUUCUUUUUGAUUUAGAUUUGUCAAAAAACAUCAUCACAAUCUUUUCAAUCAAUCAAACAAGGCUAAGGUAAUCAUCUGUUCUUUUGAUCUUGUGUUCUUCAACCUCUGCCAAAUAAUAUUGAGAGAAAAGCAAGAAGGAGAAAAAAAGGUCAUAUAUUUCAUUCCAUUCGCCAUGAAGGAGGCCACACAUUAAAGAGACCCACGAUUUCGGAACCAUACCAUCCAUACCAUCCAUACCAUACCAUUCACCCUCUCAAAUCCCAAUCCGGAUUCAACACCUCAACAACCUCUCACAUUUUCUUCUACAAUGGUUCGAGUUACAGAUGAGCUGGCUUUGUCCCUCGAUCAUCUAAACCUAUUCUACGCACACGAUCCUCACCUGUCAAACCUACCCGUCCUCAUAUAUCAUGGUCCUUCUACCACCACCAAUUCGACCCUCAAUAGUUCACGAAUUCAACUGCAUAUCUUCACCGCUGCAGGUUUUCAAUCGUACCAGCGCAUAACCAUUUCACCAAACUCACCGCUAUACGAAUCCGUGAACUAUCUCCCGCGCGAGAAACAAGGAGAUGAAUUAUGUCGCGGUCUGGCAUUCGGUUUAUUCAAAUAUUUCAAAGAGUUACCAGAGGUGGUGAAGAGUGCAUUAAUAUUACAAGUUGCGAAUACGUCAAGGAAACAAAGGCCAGGUUCGGCACCGACAUUAUUCGGCGAACAACAUGCGGCAGAUUUGGCAAGUUCGAUGGUGAGGGUGGAAAAUACGCCAGAUGUGACGAGAGAUAUUGAAGCCGCUUUACGAAUACAAAAUAUUAAUUACGUGGAUGUAGAUUUGGUUCUGCCGCCGGGCUCGAUAUCACCUUUUCAAGAAUUGGAGGGGGAUCUGGAUGAGGAAGAAUAUCCCGAUCUAACCUUGAGGCAAUAUGGAUCAUAUGCAUCAUUGGUCAAGGUCUUUGGAGAGGUGGCAUUCCUUCCCACGUCGAAAUUACGUCGAGCCCCUUCGAAACCGACAUCAUUGAAUCGAAGUAAAUCAUUUCAGAAGGAUCAAAAAAUGGCUUUGCGACGAGAGAUGGGAGAAUUGGUCGAUACGGAAGAACGUUAUGUGAUAAAGAUGCAUGAAUUGGUCAAUCAUAUUGCAGAUGAUUUUCGAGCCAAAGCCAAAAGUCGAGCAUUUGGAAGUUUCAGUCCGUCGGAAGAUGAUCUACAAAAGCUCUUCCCACGAUGUUUGGAUCGCAUCCUACAAAUUAAUUCCACCUUCUUAUCAGCGAUACGAAAAGUGAUGGAUGAAACCGAGGAAGAAGCCAUGCAAGAUCUGGAAACACCAAUAGUCAGCUCCACCUCAUCUCGAUAUGGUGGCUCGGGUCGUUUGAAGGACCCUACGGGUGCACUGGCCUUUGCCAAAGUCUUACUUGAAUGGUUCCCACAAUUUUCCGAGAGUUACCAGCAAUAUAUCCAUGCUAGCCAGGAAUUUCCACAAAUCAUUUCGAGCUUCAUGAAGCAACCAAGUAGCUUCUCAAGUCGGGUACAAGCUACCGGGGAACAACGUUUGAGAUCGGCUGUAAUUGAGCCUGUCCAGAGAUUACCCAGAUAUAGUCUCUUUAUUGAUAAUAUUGUCAAUUCGCUUCCAGUGCUACAUCCAGCUUUACAACCUAUGUUGAAGGCUAGAGAUAUCAUUACUUCGAUUUGUUCACUUGAUCCACCAGCAGCUGACAAGUCGCAAGUGGUGAAUCGAUUAAGAUAUUUGGUUGACGCUUGGCCUUCCACACUACACCCUCAAGGGCGUCUAAUCACGGCGGUUGAUACGAUAGAGUUACCACCUCCAUAUCAUGUUGAAGUCGCGACGGGUAGUAGUGCAGGUCUUGCCAAGGAGGGUAUACUUUUACUCUUCGCUGAUUGUAUCGUUUUGUUGAAGAAGAAUAAGGAUUGUUUACAGACAGCUCGAGGUGUCAUGGCGGAGAUCGAUAAACCUUCUGCUCAAACUAUGAUGGCAUCAGUUACCGCAGCAGCUGGUGGUCAGAAACAUCUCUAUGACCUUUCUUUUACUGGCUGGCAUGUUCUUGGAGAUACUAGGGUUACAUCAUCUGAUGAUAAUCGAUGUAUCUGGUUAACUUCCUUGCAUGAGUUGAAAGACGCAAAUAUGGGACGAGAUCGUAAUCAAGCUGCUACAGUUCGAAACUUUGUUUUGCAAGGAGCUUACGAAGCCAAGGCAUCGAGGUUGGGUGAGGAAUUGAUCAAAGCUAGACUUGAAGGAAGAUUCUCGGAGGCUGAACGUGAAACCGAUAGAUGGAGUUUACGAUCGAUUAAGCCGGCCGGAAUCCACAUUUAUUGUGCCAUUUUUGCUGAAGGUGUUGACGAUUUGGUUCAAGGCCGGAGAGAACCUGCUCCUGUUCGCUUAGUUGUUGAUCACGAGAAAGGUACAAAGGGUGCUCCUGUGGGUCAUUAUGGUGUUGAUAUUGUAGCCAAUGUCACGACAUUGGCAGGAGGAGAGAAAUAUAGACUUGAGGUAGAUGGACUUAAUGAUAGGGUGUAUGUGGAUGAAGUACUGCCUGAGUACUUGAUGGUUACAUUUGCAAAGAGAGUAACCGACUUACUUCGACUUCAACAUCAAAUCAGCAAUCCAGCUCUAUCUGCACCUUUUACCUCUUUUUACUCGAAAAUUCUAAAAUCUAUCGACGUUCUGUGUGAGGGUGACAGAUCAAAAUCGUAUCGAGCACAUUCUCCUGUCAAAAUUCUUUCCAGCUUACUCAAUAGUGGUUUCGGAGGUUCACCAUCAACGACGAGUCUUAAUGGGUUGGCAUCUCCUGGUAAAAUCUCUCGACCUAUGAUAAUGGGGAAGAUCCCAUCAUUGGAAUCGCCACAAAUCGUUCGAACGGGUAGUAAUCGAUCUUUACAUUCAAUCCAAGAUUUCUCGGAUGGUAAAGGUAGUGUUCGAGCUCCUUUUGAAGAGGGUAGACCCGUCAAUCCACUUGUCCGACUGGAGGAAACUUUCACGGGCUACAUUGCAGCUCUCCAAUCAAGAAAAGGAAACGUUGUUGGAAAGAAUUUGCGGAAUAGAGGAGCUGCUGAUGAAUUGGCCGUCAAUGCGUUAUACAAUACUUUUAUUGAGAAUCCUUUCGAUACUCGAGCAGCUUCCGAAACUUCUUUUGAUGUUAUUUUUGUGGCAUUCGAAAAGUUUCUACGAUUGGCAUGGAAGGAACAAAUGGGUUCUGUUAUGUCACUUGAUUCUCUUGAUGCUUUACAAGAAAGAUCCAUCAAAUUAUUCCCUGGAGAUUUCAAUGAAUACGUCAGAUUGAUAUUCGGAGAAAUGGCACCACAAAAUAGGAGAGCAUUUAUUGCCAUCAUCAAACUAUUGGCGGAUCUGUUGGAUGGGUGUGGUAAUGAUGGUGAUCGUGGUUCUCUUACAGUCGCUUUUGCUGAGUUACUGGUCGUUGAUGGAGAACCACACAACUACAUCAACUUAUUGGAUCGUGUUGUCGAAGAUUCCGAUAAAUUAUUUGAUGAUCUAGGACCUGGACCUGGUAUUGGUCUUGGAGGUGGUAGUAAUUAUGGUUCCGUGGCAAGUCGAUCAAUACAUUCAGCCACCGGAUCUAUUACAUCAAAUACAUCAUUACGAAGAAGAUUUGCCGAUACUGUCUUUCGUCAAGGUAGUACCAAAGCUGAUGCUGACCAUCGUCCUUCAGUUUGGAGAACAUUAAGUAAGACUACCCGUAGUGUUGCUACUGGAGAUCAAUAUGCUUCAAAACCAUCCUUAGGAAGAGCUCAUUCAAUCGAAUCACCAGACCGUAAAAGUCGACCGGCAUCUCGUGAUAGACCUACAGUCAUGGGGGCAUUUGAUGAAAGACCUGGUAGUUCUGAUUCAAUUGCACCAAAAUCGAGGCUUAGCACUAUCGGCGCAUCACCACCACCCGAAGAUUCGAAGGAUGAUGGCACUACCAGAUCAUCGAAAAAGAAACGUCGAAGUUCUUUGUCUGAUCUGAAAAAUUUGAUGGCUCAAGCAACACUUGGACCAAUGACUCCAUCUCCUGAACAACAACCUGCUACGAUUACACCGCCAAAUAAAAGAGCAAGUUCUCCGCCAAGAACUCCAUCACCUGUAAAGGUUCCAGCCUCUCCAUUAAAGAUUACGAAAAUUCCAGCAAACGGUUCAAUUAUGGACAGAGACCGAUCUUUAAUGUACCGAAGUUCACCUGCCCUUAAAGAAAACCUACCCAUGAUCACGUCUCCUGAUCGGAUCGAUCGCAGUAUGGGUAAUCUAACCGAACGAGCCCAGAAUAUCAUGUCGUCUCUGGAUUCUACGCCAUUUGCAUCACCGAUUAAAGAACAAUGGCGAGCCGGUCACAAUAAAACAGUUUCCCUCUCAUCAAACAUCCCGACUCUUCGUGGAACUCCUCGUGAUCCUUCUCGUCCAAUAACAUCACACGCAAAUAACUUGAAUGGAACUAUCAAAUCUCCUCAACGUCUUCGUCUUCAAAGUCCACAAAAACUUCGCGAACGUUUACAAAAUGAAGCCAAAGCAAUAAAUGAAGCAGAAGCUUCUCUUCAAAAUGAGUUGUCUAAGAUUGGUGAAGAAAUGGCAAAAUUAAAUGCUGUUUCUGCUAUUCCUAGAACUUCAGAUAUUGCUAGACUUUCUGAAGCAGUUUUAUUGUUGGAGACGAAAAUUCCAAAUAUUGUGAAAGAUUUGAAUGAGAGAAAUGAUGCAGUUAAGAAGGAGUUGGAAGUUAGUUUACAGGCGAGCGAGUUCAAGGUUAAGGGAUUGGAUCAACUUUACAAGGAGAGUAGUGCGGAGAAUGAGUUACUUUAUGAGAAGUUCAAUGCAGAAUUGGGGAAGAUCGUUAAGGCUUUGAGAGCGAGUAGAAAGGGUGGUGCUGGAGGUGAAGAUGGGAAUGGUGUGGGUGGAACAAUGAGUGCGAAAGAAGAAUUGGUUACGAGAAUGAGAGAAAGUAGUGAGGAAGCUGCGAGAGUUAAGAAGGAAAAUGCUAGGUUGAGGAGAGAGGUUCUUACAUUGAGGACUUUGUUGAAGGGACAAGAAGGGGCGGGGACUGGGGCGCCUCACUAGGUGUGAGGUGAAGAUGAGGAUUCGAGAAUGUGGUAGGGGAAUUGAGGAGAAGAGGUGAGAUGGAGGUGACAAAGUAAUGAAUUAUGCCGUUAUGUCGUUAUGACUUUCUUUUUCUAUCGGCGGCAAAUAUUGUUUUUUUGUCGAAUUUGGCAUUGUUUUGGUUUGGUUGUAGCUAAACUGGCAGGCGUUCGACCCUUCUUUUUUCUCGAUAUACCCAUAGCAUUCGUGUACUUGGGGUCUGGGACGGGGAUGGACGGACGCAUGGUUUGGUCAUUAUCAAAUGGGGGGUAUUUGCAUUUAAUAGGGGGAUGUAUGAAUGGACGGAUGGAUUUUGUUGAAUUUUUGUAGAGGGAUGAAUUUGUUUGUGGUAAUGGAUUGUGUGAUGGAUUGAUUGGAGAAAUUAUUUGGAUGUGCAUGCAUGCAUAAUGUUAUGAUACCAAAGUUUAUGUUUUUUCAUGUUUGGAGGGAUGAGAUGAGUAAUUAUUUGGAUUUGGAUUGUGGGAGGGGAUUGGGGAGGAGGUGAGAUGAAGUGAAAGGGUGGGAGUGUUGGUGAUGAAGGUGGAGGUGGAUAUUAGCGAAUAAAAUAAAGGGGUAUGG